AUGAUCGACGCUUUGGGCCAGAGCCGACGAUCUCCUCCUUCAGGCUUCGGAAGAUUUUCCUGGGCAACGCUUCCUGUGGCGCCCAGGCAGUUCGACAUCGAUAUCCCCACUCGAUUUCGAAAAUAUUUGCCUGACGCCAUUGAAAAAAUCCCCAGUAAAUUGUGGAUUCCAUACGAAGCUUGCCGUCGAGUGAGCCUUUUCUACCCGGUACGAAAAUACGAUGGAGAGUUCGAGAAUAUGUUCUUCCUGAAGGUCGACCUCGAUUGGAAAUCAAGGGCGAUUGAUAGCUUUCUCCGGACGAGAACUAGCCUAAUUGAUGGUUCAAACUUCAAUUACGCGGAAAGCUUUUCGAUCGAAGAGAAUCUAUGUGUGUUCCAGUUUGAGGUGCCCAAAGAAAAGGAGGCUUAUUUGAAGAAGCUUUUCAAACACAACAUGAAGGAGGACCUGAAAAGUAUCGGAACGUUUACACUCGGUGACGGAACGCAACCGAGUGAAAGAGUAGUGAAGGAAAUGAGGACUUGCUUUCGUUCAUUCGCGAAUUGUUUCCCGCCGGACAGUUACUUCUUCACAAGAAAAAGCUUGGAAAAGCGUGCUCCAAAUCAUCAUCGCGAUACAAAUCAUCGCGAAAUGAACGAGGAAAUUGAGGCUUUCAAGACUGAACCAGUCGAUCCCGAACUUCCAGACAUCGAAGUGAUUCCUCGUGACACAGAAGACUUGAACGACCUAAUCUACUCUACGGAAUCGACGUACUCCCAGAAUGGAUCUUUGCCAAAGCAGUUCAUCGACUUCGAUCAUCCAAACAACAAUAAACCUGGAACCUCCCGUCGCCUUCAAGCUCCUCACACUCAAGUAUUCAUUCCUCUUGGCUCAAAGCGACAAAGUUCAUCGACCUUACAUCAGGUUGGAAGUAGCUCUAAGAAGGCGCAUACUUCCUCCGACGCAAAUGAUGAUCAUCUUGAGAUCAAUACUCCCAUCAGCGAAGACGAGUCCCUUCCUGGCCUAGACUUGCGUCGUCCGCCCUCAAACAUGGAGUUAUCGUCCGAAGGAGAGCUGCUUUCUCCAAGCAUGCCUCAUUUGAUCCGAACGCCAUCACAGUCUUCGGCACCUCUCUCCGAAGAUAAUUUUUCCCAAAUACCCAGAACGUCAACACCUGAUGCUAGAUCGCCAUUGUCCGCCGUUACUCCCGCGAAUACGACUUCUAAACCUUUCCAAUGCUCUGUAAAAAACGCCAAGAGGAUGAUUGGAAAAGAAGGGUCGCUUUCUGAUGAAAUUAAAAAUGCGAAUUUGAUCAAAAUAUCCGCAGAGGCGUUUGGGAAGUCUGCAGAUUUGAACGCCCAAUUGAUCAGAGCGCUCAUCGACGACAGAAUCGUUCGAAUCACUGGUCGUAACAAUCUCAUCGAAGAUAAUCGUCAGAAGACUGAAGUGAUCGAGAGUCAGAACGAAGAAAUCAAAGAAAAAAACGAAGAAAUUAAAGAAAAAAACGAAGUCAUCAAGCAGAAAGAAGCUAUCAUUGCGCAGCAAGCAGUCGAGUUGUCGCACAGCCUGGACGAGCAAAAAUUUCUCGAAGAAGAAAUAAACCAGCUCAAGUCAAAGCAUGUCGAUUCAGUGCGCGCUCUCGAAGAACAAAUCUUCAGCUUGAAACGAGAGCUCAGAAAAGAAAGAUUUCGGCCUUCCGACGAACCCUAA